CUUCAACAUUGUCCCAUCUAAGACGACUUAAUUCUCCGAUCGGGCGAGACGGAAAGCUUGCUCGGCCAAGGCAGCUGCAUAACACUUUGUGGGGUAUGAUCUGUCCUGCAGAAACACCAGAGGGGGCUGCAGUUGGACUUGUUAAAAAUUUAGCGCUAAUGGCUUACAUUUCCGUUGGAAGCCAGCCUUCUCCUAUUCUUGAAUUCCUGGAAGAAUGGAGCAUGGAAAAUUUAGAGGAAAUCGCACCAUCAACUAUUGGAAAAACUUGCAAAAUCUUUGUUAACGGAUGUUGGGUUGGUAUCCAUAAUGCACCAGAUCAUUUAAUGGGAACUUUGAGAAAGCUCCGUCGGCAAGUUGACGUCAUAGUCAGUGAGGUCAGUGUUGUCCGGGAUUAUCGAGAUCAGGAGAUUCGCAUAUAUACUGAUGCUGGUCGUAUCUGUCGCCCUCUUGUUAUCGUAGAGAAAGGGAAAUUAUUACUGAAAAAGAGUCAUAUUGAGCAGCUGAAGGACAGAGCCUAUAGUCGAUACAGUUGGACUGAUCUUGUCCUGAGUGGCGUCGUAGAAUACAUCGACACUCUUGAAGAGGAGACCGUGAUGAUUGCUAUGGGCCCCAGCGAGUUACGGGCUGUCGGAGAUUACUGUAAAACACAUACACAUUGCGAGAUUCAUCCUAGUAUGAUACUCGGCAUUUGCGCUAGCAUAAUUCCGUUCCCUGAUCACAAUCAAUCUCCUAGAAACACUUAUCAAAGCGCUAUGGGCAAACAAGCUAUGGGUGUGUAUAUAAGUAAUUUCCAUACGCGUAUGGAUACACUUGCUAAUGUGUUAUACUACCCUCAAAAACCGUUGGUCACUACGAGGUCGAUGGAGUACCUAAGAUUUCGAGAACUGCCCGCAGGUGACUUAUAUUAUUUUAUUCUCUUAGUAUCUGUUAUUGCAUCGGUUUUUCACAGCAUCUACUUUUUAAUUACUCUAGCUUAUUGUAUUUAG